ACUUCAAGGCCCAAAGUGUCAAAUGUCAAAAUCGUUGAUAAUUCCUGUUUAUCGCAAGUAAUGUUUGAAAUGCCCCAUAAUUACAUAAUUAAUUAAGUAGGACGUCAAAACACAAUGAUUUAAAGGUAACCGCGCGCAAAUUAAUUAUAAACAAUGGUCCGCAAACCUUUAAUUUGUUUCCUAAUUGUAAUUAACGCUGUAAGUGGGAGUUACGAUUGGCAUGGGGGGUGGUUCCCCUACACCCCUGAGGCGGGGGUUGACAACAACCCCGUUGCCACCAUCAGGCAAAAUAUGUACGACCCUGAACACGGGGUUGUUAUGGGGGUGAAAAAUCGGCAAUGUGAUGACGCCAAAACUAAUUUACAAAUCGACUGGGAUUUUAACCCAGUCAAUCACACUUGCUUUGUUUUGAAUAGGCGGCAGUUUUUUGCCCCACGGAGUGACAUACACCCUCUACAUUCCCAGGAUUACAUCCCUAAAGCUUACAGUGCUCCGCAUAAAUGCAUGUCAGAGCCAAUCAACUACAACGUAAUUGUGCCAACUUUCGGGACGCAUCGGCCCCUUUGGGCCAAAUACGGCGAGUAUGUGUUUCUGCCUCGCCAACGUUGGGUCCAUAAUCUGGAACAUGGGGCUGUGGUUAUGUUGUAUCACCCUUGUGCUGAUCAAAACGAAGUCAAUUUUUUACGUAAAUUAGUCAAAAACUGUCUUUACAGGCACGUGAUUACGCCUUAUAAUUUACUAUCAGCAGAACGACCUUUGGCACUCGUUACUUGGGGUCAUCGGCUCGAAAUGUCCAAAGUUGCUCCCGAAAUCGUCGUUGAUUUCAUUAGGAAACAUGCCCUCAAAGGGCCAGAACAGACGGCUAGGGAUGGGCAGUACGAUUUGAUGCUUAAAGACCAUUCCGGAAUUGUUUCGGAUCUCAAGGAUCGGGAGUUGUGCAAGGAGAUAGUGGAGUGAUAAUGCUUUAAUUAUUGUAUUACAUUUAAAUAUCAUAGUAAUAUAUUCUGUUGUAAUGAA